UCUCUCCCGCUGACGCACGCUGCAUAUCCCGCAUAGCCGCCCGGCCCUGGAUGCGGUGUACGAGGGUGCCGAACCCGAAGUCGACAUCGUCGCCGUGCACGGUCUUGGUGCCAACGUCGACUGGUCCUGGACGUGGAAGGACCCGAAAUCCCCGGGCCGCCAUGUGAAAUGGCUCCAAGACCCCAACAUGCUCCCGACUGUAGUUCCCCGCUCGCGCAUUCUCCUCUACAGUUACGACUCGAGGUGGCACGCCGACGCGCCAAAGAUACGCCUGUCGCUGUGUGGAGAGGAGCUCAUUCGCAGCAUCCGCGACUUCCGGGACGGAACCACGGCAAGCCGACCGGUUGUCUUCGUCGGCCACAGCCUGGGCGGCAACGUAAUCCAACAUGCGCUCCUGUACGCCAAUUCGGACGACGCCUUCAGGCACAUCGCUACCUUGACAGUCGGCGUCGUCUUCCUCGGUUCUCCUCUCCGCGGAUCCGAGUUCCAGUCUCUGGCCAAGAUUGUGGCUUGGUUUUCGCGCUUUACUGGCUCCCCCGACGGCAUCGUCCGCAACCUGGCAUACGACGAUGAAAACCUGAUGGACACGCUGCACCAAUUUUGUCGGAUGCGGAACACUCUGUCUAUUGCGACAUCCUGCUUCUUCGAGAUAUACGAUACCGAUUACUUGAAGAAGAUGCUCCGCAUGGGAGGGCCUGGUCGAGGAAGAGUAGUUGAUGAGGCGUCGGCGUGUAUUCCCGGUCUUCAAAGGAUCCCGCUCGCGGCGAAUCAUUCCGAGUUGAACAAGUACUCUGGCCCGGACGACCGCUCCUUUCAGAGUGUUACCGCGGAGUUGCGCAGGCUCUGUGCAGACGCCCCGGCCGUCGUUCAGCGUCGAACAAAACCGAAACCAAUCGUUACCGAUCGAGACCACGCCUUGAAAGAGAAGCCCGAAGCGAGAGAAUGUCUCCGAGAUCUCUUCCUCACCGAUCCAUACGAGGACAUGAUGGCGUUGAAGCGGAAAAAAGGCGAACGCGCCAAAGGCACCUGUGCCUGGAUCCUCGGAACCGACGAGCUGACCGCCUGGCUUGCUAACACGCCGGAGUCGACAUUGGCCUCGACGGAUGUCCUCUGGCUCCAUGGAAACCCGGGGACGGGCAAGUCGACCAUGUCCAUGUUCCUUGCCGAGGCCCUGUCGGGUACCUUCUCCAGGACUCCGAACAAAACGCUCGCGUACUUCUUUUGCGACUCGGGCUAUGACACGCGCAGAACGGCCACGGCAGUCGUCCGCGGGCUCCUCCUGCAGCUAGUGCAGCAGCACCCGCGGCUGAUUGAAUACAUCCUCCCCAAGUAUGAGGAGCGCGGAGCCCGAGCCUUUGGUUCGUUCGAUGGGGUUUGGGCAAUGUUCAUGAAGGCAUGUGCGGAUACAGCUACCGGCCGCAAGUACUGCCUAGUUGACGCCUUAGACGAGUGCACGCAGGACGAGCAGGUCAUACUGCUGAAGCAAAUUAAGGAGACCUUCGGGCGAGAUCGAUCAGGCGGCAAGCUGAAUGUCAGCCUCCUUAUUACCAGCAGGCCAUACUUGGAGAUUAGAGAGCACCUGCAGGCAUUCCUGAACAAAAACCUGGCAUCGUUUGAAGAAUCUGGACGAGAUAUUUCCAGGUUUAUCAACGAGAAGGUAGCUGACCUCAAAGAGAUGAAGCACUACACUGCUACGGUAGCUGCCAAUGUUGCGCGGGUGCUUCGUGAAAAGGCUGGCGGCAUCUUCCUCUGGGUCGGUUUAGCCUGUCAGGAGCUGGAGAAGGUCGCUUCAAGAAAUGCCGUCACACGCCUUGAGAAGAUCCCCGAAGGACUUCAAUGGCUCUACCAAGAACUUCUCGAUACGGCACUCCAACAAGACGAAGACCCGGAAACGAUCAAACGACUGCUCGGCAUCGUUAUGGUAGCACGGCGUCCCAUGAGUACACGGGAGCUGGCCUCUGCCUGCGACCUCUACCAGAACGAAGGCGAAGAGGAGCGCAUCCAAUUCACAGCCGAGGUAAUUGCUGCCUGUCGAUUGAUAAUCGUGGUUCGGGACGAGAAGGUCCUGCUACUUCACCAAUCCGUCAGAGAUUUCCUAGUCACCGGCGCAGGACGAAACAUCUCCAUCUCCGAGCUGAAGGCACACAAUGCGCUAGCGAGCCGCUGCGUUGGCAGUCUUAUUGCGGAGUCCAUGCACCACCUAAAGGGUGGAGGAGAGGUAAAAGAUGGAAGCGAUCUUGCUUCAUACGCGACGGAAUUUUGGCCGGAGCACGCUCACAUGGCUAAGGGUGAGUUCCGAAUAGACGAUGGGCAGGCUCAGUUUUUCGCCAUCGUUUCAGGGGAGCGUGAGAGCUGGCUCAAAUGUUACUCUCAGAGGAACCACUGGGCGCCUUUUCGGCUAUCGGUCUUCCAUGUGGCUGCCCUAUGGGGGAUUCCAUCGCUCAUUGAUCAUGCGCUCUUGCCAGGGAAAGGUCUCGCGGAAGCGUCUGCACACGAGACGUCGUUCAUCCCAUAUGUUGAUUCAGCAUAUAGAGACUCGAAGCAGACGACGCCGCUUGAAGUGUGUUCUAGAAAAGGUUACGUUGAGGUGUUGAAGGCUAUGCUAGACCGAGCGGAUACUGGUACGUCGGUAGACGUAGCAAUAGUAAAAGCUGCAGCCGGGAACACUUGGAAAGGCGAGCAAGUGAUGAAACUACUUCUCGACCGGCGAGGCGACCAGAUCACCAUUACUGAAGAGGUGGUGAAGGCUGCAGCAGGAAACGAAGAGGCUGGCGAGCAAGUGAUGAAACUGCUUCUCGACCGGCGAGGCGACCAGAUCAUCAUUACUGAAGGGGUGGUGAAAGCUGCAGCAGGAAACAAAGAGGCUGGCGAGCAAGUGAUGAAACUGCUUCUUGAUCGGAAAGGUGACCAGAUUAACAUCGCUGAGGAGAUGGUACACACCAUUGCUAGCAGCUUCUCUGACGAAACAAUGGCGCUACUUCUCGACCGGCGAGGCGACCAGAUCACCAUUACUGAAGAGGUGGUGAAGGCUGCAGCAGGAAACUUUUGGAAAGGCGAGCAAGUGAUGAAACUACUUCUCGACCGGCGAGGCGACCAGAUGAUUAUCAGCGAGGAGGUAUUCGUUACUGCUGCUACUUGUGGUCAGGACCGGAUUUUGGACUUCCUAUCUCGAAAAACCGGUCACAUCCCAUUUGAGGAUGAAUGUCGUUGUAUCGCACAGUUCUAUGACGCAGCAAAAGCUGGAGAUGUUCAGGUUAUUGAACGGCUCUUACGGGAAAGCGUAAAGCCGGAUACAAAAAACAUCAGGGGGGUAACGCCUUUAUGGAUUGCAGCAAGUUUUGGGCACAACACAGUCGUCGAGGCUCUGGUGCAUAGGCCAGAUGUGGAUGUCAACUCGAGAUCAGUUUCGGGUAGAUCGCCUCUUUUCUGGCCAGCUAGCCAGGGCGAUGAGUCAGUUGUGACUACUCUGAUCGGGGCUGGUGCUGAUCCCGCCAUCGAGGAUUGCGAUGGGAACACAGCGAUCACUGCAGCAAGAAGGAAUGGACAUAAUGGGAUUGCCAAGAUGCUCGAAAGAUCCUCGCCGUGCCGAUGGCCCCGCGAAACAGCCAGACGACGGACCGACUCAGCCUCGCCCAAACAGCGCAAGUUCAAUGCAGACGAGCCCAUACUCGCCGUGCCGGUGUGACAGCUCUAUUUAACCAGUCUGUCCGAACGGAGGGAAACUUUGAGGACCGCCAUCGCACCCGCGCUGAACAAAACAAUUCGAAUCUGACCCGAAAGCAUCCAAAGUAGUUUGCCCCUUCGGAGCCGUGAUACUAGUCCCGCAUACGCAUGCACCUUGAGCAUUCUCAAAGUAGUAGG